AUGGCCACUUCUCAUUCACAAUUACUUGUCCCAAAGGACCCUCCGUCUUAUGAUUCCAUCUACCUCUCCAUACCACAAUCUUCUUCUUCUAUCUCUUCUUCGACUGAUUCCACUCCCAGCUGCACACAUGCGAUACGACGCUUCCUUCACCGACAGUCUGCUUUCUUCCAGCGACUAGCCGCAGCCACCUUUGUUGCGGCCACUAUCUCUACUACGGUUAUGCUGCUUCUCUGGCAGCUCCAGAACCUAACUUAUCCACAGGAUCCAGACGGUCCUUGGUUGAGACCAAUCACAGAAGUCUCGGAAGACCAAAUAACAAUAACAAUAUUCAUAUUCAUAUUCAUAUUUACAUUCAUAAUCAUGUCCAUACUCGAUCAAGGCUUUUGGGCGUAUUAG